AUGAACAAAGAUUUCUACGCCGAUGUGCUCAAGACGAUGCGCAGCGCCUUGGACUUUGGUAAAGAGGAUUGUGAAGUGGCUACACGAAUAUAUCGCGAGAAAAUCGCCAUGUGUUACGGAGUGAACCCGUCAACACUGAAAACGACGCCGCAGGAAGUGCCUUUGACGAUCACGUUUGCCAGCAUAUAUCAAUUCCUGGUCGAGCAUCCAAAUCCAUUUACGGGUCAACCCAAAGAUUGCGCUAAAGACAUGGAAGCUAUUUUGUAUUACAAAAAUGAAUGGGUUAAGAGUGUUUCCGGAAAGAAAGUGCACGACGUAUACGCAGUGCAUGGAUCCGUACGACAUUCCUUCGCACUAAAUGAAAAACCUCUGACACCAUGGAUUUUAAUUAGUGAAUCCGGCAGGAUACUUGCAGCGCACUGCAACUGUGCCAUCGGUCUUUUUGAAUGUUGCAGUCAUAUCGGUGCAACGUUGUUUGCAUUAGAGGGCAUUCGAACGUCAAUACUCGAGAAGAAAGAAAUUACUGAUUUACCGGCGUACUGGAAGAAGCCACCGACGAGUAUCAGCGAAAACCUGUAUAAAAAAGUACGUGACAUUGACUUUGGCAAGCAGAUCCAGAGAGCAUAUUAUGCCACCACUCCAUCAACUUCAACUAAUUACGAUUUUAUCUGUCGAAAUUUAUUGAGCUCGCUACAGAUGGACGGAAUAAAUGUUGCUAGUACCACUCUAUUUUGUGGUGAAAAACAAAUGGCCUUCAGUUGUACAAUUUGUACACACGAGUCUGAACUUAAAAAUGAUCUUAAGAACUACAAUUUCCAACUACUCUACGACCCUUUAAACAAGAGUACAAUUGAGCAGUUACAAAAAGUAGCGGCAGAGUUCAUUCGCAAUUUUACAAGUGAUCCAGAUCUGUUGAUGAAGAUUGAUAAGCUUACCGCAGACCAAUCGGAUUCCAAGUGGAAUGGAAUGUUUUCCGAAGUGGGCGUAUCACGGCUUCAAACAUGAAAGAUGUGUGUUGCA